ACUAAGUUUGUAACAUAGCACAUGAGAACGAUAAGUAACGGAGCUCGAAGCUGAGACUAAUAGUUAAGGAGUCGUAUCUGGACGAGGUUUGCAUGUUAUUGUGAUUGAGAAACUCAUUGACCAUGGACAGACUGAACCGUCUGGUGAAGCGGAUCUCUAUCAUCAUGCUAUGGGCAAUGAUCAUCAUGGUGGCAGGACUAACGUCUGUAACCAAGGCUGCGAUUGCCGGAAGUCAGACAGGUGGCCGAGUAAAGCUCGGUGAAGGGGAAUCUUUCACCAUCGAAUCGACCUCUGACCUUUGGGGUAAGUAUGCUGGUGAUCAGGAUAUAUUGUGGAGAGUGAAGGUCCCUGAAUCAUGUGAUGUUCUCAUCGUAUUCGAGUACUUCAUCACAGAGACUUAUAUGGAUUAUCUGUUCAUUGGAAAUGGAACGAAGAAAUCAGAUUCUCCGACAUGGGCUUUAUCUGGUUACGCCGCACCAUCUCAGAUCAGGAUGAAUUUCUCUGCAGUAUGGAUCAGGUUUAGCACAUCAGAUUUUGCAGGAUAUCGUGGAUUCAGAGCUAGCAUCACACCUCAAUGCAGUCAAGAUAAUACAACAGUCGACACGGUGGGUUCUGGAUUUCAGGCAUUGGAUGGAGAAACGUAUCAGAUCGCUUCACCGAACUAUCCAAACAACUUUCCUCCAAAUACAAGAUUAACAUGGGCCUUUCAGCUACCAAACCCACAAGAGUGCAGAAUCUAUGUCACCUUCUUAGACUUUGAAACUGAACAAGAUAAUGAUCAGGUGAUUAUUGGUACACAGGGUGUUAGAGUCAAAGAAACAUUUUCAGGAAGGGGCGUACUGCUGAACUAUCCUUUCCUGGUGCAAUCAGAAGACUCUUCGACCCACGCUUAUGUUCAGUUUAUAUCAUCGGAAACAUCGCCCACGGCUCGUGGUUUUAUGGCUAACGUCACAGCAGAUUGCGAACCAGGAUACCACCUAGACUUGAAGCGCAAUGAGACAUAUCGGCUGAAGACGUCGAACUAUCCUCUCUAUUACCCGACAGAUAGUGACGAGUCUUGGGUGAUAAAGGUUCCACAAAGCUGUGACAUUCUCGUAGAAAUCGUUCGAUUCGCUACACAACUCAACCAAGAUGGUCUUCAUAUCGGAAAGGGAUAUAAUAUGUCUGCUGAUGAACUGUUUUUCUUGUCUGGAAACUCGGUGCCGAGAUACCUUGAGGUAAAGUCUAACCUGGCUUGGGUUAGAUUCACAUCAGAUCAGGAUGAUAGCUCCAGACAUCACGGCUUCGAUGCUCACGUCACAUCUACUUGUAGAAAUGAUGCCGCGAUCGAGCAUAGUUUUGAUACGAGAGGCACUGCUGUAGCACUGUCUAACGGUGAUAUUUAUUCCAUAUCAUCACCCAACUAUCCAAAUGAUUAUGGGAACCAACAACACAUAGCAUGGAUGUUCAGGAUACCAGAUAACUGUCAGCUUAAUAUCGUUAUGAAUGACUUCCAAACAGACGGCACUGAUGACAAGGUUACAAUCAGGACACCGGAAUCUGUGGUCAGUGAGUUUAAUGGUGACGCCAUACCCGAACCAAGCUUCAUCAAUUCCACGGUGACAAUCGUUAAAUUCGACAGCGGUUUUAGUGGCACGUCUAGAGGAUUUCAAGCUGAUAUCUCUCCUAUAUGUGACAUCAUUACUACAGAGACACCUUCAACAAUUUCUCCGGUCAUUCAACCAAUCGAACCCCUCACCGUUCUACGAGGUCAACCGACUCGUGUUAUGUGUACUGUAAUACUCGGUGACCUCCCUAUUCACUUCCGCUGGCUAAAAGAUGGAGAUGUUAUUCCUCUUGGAGUUGGAGUUGAGUUUGUAAAUGGUGCUUUCUCUAGCUCCGUAGUGAUAGCUGAUGCUUCUAUUGUACAUGAUGGUCGCUACACAUGUGAAGCAAGUAACUUAGCUGCUGCAGUCAACUAUACAACAGCUCUUACUGUACAAGAAAACCUGGUCGAACUGGGACGUGGCGAUUCGUUGUUCGUCAAGACACCUCAAUAUAUAUGGGCAUAUUUUGGGGACGUAGUAGGUUCCUAUACCUGGAUUGUCAAAGCUCCGCAGAACUGUACUGUCCGGAUUGAAUUUCGUGGCCUUACAGCGACGGUACCCGGAGAUGUUCUGGAGAUCGGAUCAGGAUACAAUAUAUCUACAAAUCAUAUUUGGAACUUGACUGGAACUGAGGCGAACAUCCCGACGUGGUUCGAAAUAGAUUCAAACGUUGUGUGGAUGUGGUUUAGACCAAACGACCACAAGAUUCCUGCAUCAUCUGGAUUCAGUGCCGUUCUAAGGCCUACGUGUGAUCAAGAUGUAAACGCCCAGUCAUACAUUGACACGAGAGGCUCUGGUGUAUCACUAUCAAACGGGGAUUCCUAUACCAUAGCUUCACCUAACUUCCCUCAGAACCAUCCUACUUACACGAGUACAAUCUGGCUUAUCAAACUCCCUCAACCUGAUUGUCAACUUACCAUCGAUUUUGACAAUUUUACAACAACAUCGGUAGAUAACAUGCUUCAGAUCAGUCCAUCUGCUUCAUUAGACACCGUUCGUGCUACCUUAUAUGGUGACGUCAUACCGGAACCAAUAACCUUCACUUCAGCCUAUGUUCUCAUUCGGUUCAGCAGCAGAUCGUACUAUGGCUCUGAUAUCACCUUAGGAUUCAAAGCUCAUCUAUACGCUGACUGUGAAUCAGAAACAAAUGAUACUCAGCCGUAUGUUGAUGUAAUCGGUGGUAACGUCAGCCUCUCUGAUGGUAGCAGGUACUCCAUCGCUUCACCCAACUACCCUUAUGGUAAAUAUCCUGCCAGACAAGAUAUCACGUGGCAUAUCUAUCUAACGCAUCCACGAUGUCAACUCAGCAUCACAUUUCAAGUUUUCCAAACGGAAAGAUAUUUUGACAAGGUUUACAUCAGUACGCAGGGCAGAGAGCGCAUCUAUUAUGGUGACGUCAUUCCCGCCCCUUUAAUCGUCACAUCAUACUAUGUUGUCAUCCGUUUUACCAGUGACGGCCUCACAGGAUAUGAAGGGUUUAGAGCGAACCUCCUAGCGCAAUGCGAAGAAGGUGUUUCAACGACUAUGACCCCCGGGCAGCCAAACGAGGGAACCACUACCCCUCAGACAACUACCUUCAGGGCUACAACACCCGUUUCAUCUACACCAUCUGCAGUAGUUCCCAUACAGCAGAAUGUAACGAAUGUUACAACGGGUGAGCUUCUCCGCCGCUCCUACGCCAUCACAGACCGGGGAAUGGUGCAGAUGUUCCGUGGGUGGGUCGAUGUACAGGGCCAGGGCGCCCCUAACGAUUUCUGCAGGGUCGUGCGCACCGAUGGAAAGCCAUUCCUUUCAUGUCUUCUCGCUGGAUCUGAAGAAGAUGAUUUACUCGCCUAUACUUCACCCAACCCCUCUGUAGAAUGGUUUGAUCCAGGUUAUUCCAAUACAUGGUACAUGAAGGAUGAGGAUAAUGAUGGGCGAGACGACUAUUGCAGAUGUAUUGGUAGUGUGCGCUCUACAUUGGUUGUCUGUAUGAAAGCUGGAGCAAAUGGAUUUGAGGGACCUGGCAGUGAUUUCUUACCUCCUAACUCCCCUGAGGAAUGUCUCUUCCACCAAGCCGAUCCUUUCUUUGGCUUCUAAUCGUCUCAUCAUUCAAUGUUAACGUUGCUCUUUAUACUCUAGCUACCAGGUAAACUUCUUCUACAACGUUUGUUACCAUACGUUAGCUCACAAGUGUUUGGCUGUUUGUAUAUUGAUCUGAUAACGAACAGAAAAUUGCAAGCAUUAAGUGUGAUAAAGAAUGAGAAUGACUGCCCUAUGGGAAAGCACUUUACGAGUUCAUCUUCUUUACUUCUUAUUAAUGUAAUAAAAUAUACAGUUAAAUGAAUAAAUUGGUACAAAUAUUGAAUAUUUUGUAGACAAUGUUGGAAGAUUCGAUACCACUAAAAAGACUGUCGGUUCUCCAUUUAAACUUGUAUGAGUGUCGUUAAUGUAGAUUUUUUUAUGUUGAUAAUGUUUAGUCUAAAACCUAAAUGUAAAAACCAAUAGUCUACAAUGUAUGCCUAUGUACUUUGUUUCUUGUAUGGAAAAAGGAAACUUUUUACCUACCUCUAAAGAGAGAAAAAGAACGAAUCUGUAUUGGUGACAUUAGAUUAUAUCAGUAUACAAUGAUCCUUAAAUAGACCCCAAACCAAGUAAAUACGAUAUUGCACCGAUUCCUGCUGUGAACUAUGACCAUUAUAGUAAUGUGUUUCAAUACCGUUUGUCCAUCUGGAUGACCUUUUUACAGUAAACAUGUCAUGUAAAUCAUUUUUAAAAGUGACUGCAGGUUUAUAUAGAAUGAAGCUUUAUCCUUCUCCAAACUAAAAGGCUCGAUUUUUGUAUCUUUUUCUAAAGAUGUGUAAAUAGAUAACAAUGAACGUUCAUGUACGCUAGCUGUAUUAUCACGUGACUAAUAAAGAGAUAUAAAGAUCUCAUUGA